AUGGCCGAAGUCCUCACCGCAAUCGACCUCACCAAGCUGCACAUCUCCACGACCGAUGCCGCGGCAGCACGCAACGAGGCGGCCUGGGCCUGGUACGCGUCCAUCGGGUCGCCGAAGCUCUUCGUCGCGCCGCUCGUGGGCUACUCGGAGCCGGCGUUCCGCGUGCUCUGCCGCACACUCGGCGCGCAGUGCUGCUCGACGCCCAUGAUCGACGCCGCGGGCUACGCGGCGUCGCCGCGGUACCGGGCGGAGUACGCGUUCAGUGGCGGCGCCGCGGACCGGCCGCUCACCGCACAGCUCGGCGGGUCGGACCCCGCGGCGCUCGCCCGGGCCGCGGCGCUCGUCGCGGCCACGGGCCACUGCGACGCCGUCGAGCUCAACAUGGGCUGCCCGCAGCGCUGCGCGAAGAAGACGGGAAGCGGCGCCUUCCUGAUGGAGGACCCCGCGCGCGCGGUCGCGUGUAUAAAAGCGAUGCGCGCCGCGCUCGACGCGCACAACGCGGGCCGCCCCGCGGGCGCGCCGAAGGUGGCCUGCGUCGUCAAGAUCCGCUGCUUCGACGACGUCGCGCGGACGCUCGCGCUCGCGGCGGCGCUCGAGCGGGCGGGCGCGGAGAUGCUUACCGUGCACGGGCGGACGCGCCACGCGGGCGGC